UAUAAUGGGAGAAACUGGCAGCAGAGGCAACACUCAGACAGGAGUUCUGAGUUACAGGGGUAGGCAAAGACAAAACAUAUUCAACACAGCAAUGAUGCAUAAGCUGAUAUUCUGCUGUCUCAUUAUUGUCAGCUUCUCCUGUCCUCUCUCGUCUCUCCCCAUCAUCAACACCAGUGAGAUGUCUUAUCAACUCUCAGCUGAUGAAGACUCAAGAUUAAACCUGGAGAGGCUGGGCAGCCCAGGAAGCACUUCUCUGAUUCAGUUUCUGCCAGAGCUCUUGGGCACACUGACUGAAGACAACAAAGCAGGUCUUACUCCCAGCAACUACAACCCAGGGGAAUAUAUCAAAGCAACUUUCUACGGAAAUCAUCCUCGAAUUGCUUUGCUGGGACGCUUCUUGACCAAGGACAGGAAACAGUACAAGAAACGUGGGAAUCUUUCCGAGUGCUUCUGGAAAUAUUGUGUGUAAACAGGAAACCUCCUGACGGGUUGCAUAAUUUAUACAGAUGUCUGAAAACAUGUAUAUACAUUUGCUUGAUUUAAAAUGAGAAUGAAGAAACAUGAAGGCAGCGCCUAACUUUAGACUCUACGCUACUUGGAAAUGAAUAAAUUCUUGAUAUUUUGCAAUUAUGCUGUGACCAAUGUAGUAUUUUCUUAGAGCUGAGCACAACAGGAAGAAAUUAAUGGGACAAAGAGAUAAAUAUACAACACAAAGAAUUUGGGCAGGGGAAGCAAGAUUUCCAUGAGGUCCUAUGAAACCUCCCAGAAGAGUAAUGCCUCAACUGUGUCUAAGUCCAGAGGCAAGAGGACUUUCUCCUUUGUUACUUGAUGUAGACUGGGGUGUCAGAAAGAAAGGGUCAUUGCUGCAUUCCCUGAUGAGCUGGUGAGGGAUUAACAGUGCCCAGACCCAUCCUGCCAUCCCCAAGGCACUACAAAACCAAUAAGCACACGUCAGGAUCAAGCAUCCACUCUCACUACUGCUGGAUACAAGUUUCUCUUGUUCACUCAAGAGACCCACAAAUCUAUUUCUUUGCAGCACCUUGCCUAGCCCCCAGCUACCCAUGACAACAGGGCUGUCUGUGCAUAGCGUGGGCUUUAAGAAUUGUGUCUGGUUAUCAUCAAGCAGAAGGUACCCAUGGCUGUCAAUGUCAAGGCUUGCAUCCAGAUUUGGACAGCCAGUGGAGGCAGGAAUGACACCAUUUAAAAGAUUCUGUGGCUGUGACCCGCACUUAUGUGGCUGCACACACAGAUGCAGGAAGGUGACACAUGGAUGUAGACAAUAUGUGUUACUAAGGCAAGCCACCUCCUGCUUGAGCACUCAAGGGCAGUGAGAUUUGUUCCCUUGAGCUACCACUCACUGACAAUGUUGUUGUAUUUUGGCAUGUAAUGUAAAUAAGGGAGAGGAAAAAAUAGCAGCUGCCAAAUUCUUCUAGUCUGAAGACUCAUAUGCAUAGUCUCAUAGACUGACAGACUCAGACGAGUCUACUCAUAUGCAGAGUACCACCAUACUUUCUCAAUCCUGGGUACCCUCCUGAUAAUAUCUGGAAGGAAUAGAGCUAAACAGUCAGGAGUUGUCUCUGGGUGAUGCCAAUCUUGAUAAUAUGCACAAACUGUCUGAGCUCUGAACCCUACCUUGCUCAAUACAUAUUUUGCACAAAUCUCAUGCCUAUCAAGGUUCACAGAA